AGAGCACUUAAGCCCUCCUCGUGGGCGCUGCCACAGCUGCGGCAAGGGUUGCUGAAGAAGAGAAGUGGGCUCUAUUUUUCCCUGCCCUGGAGACCAAGGAGGCCUUCACUACCUUCUCCCCUGCCAGUGCCUUCUUCCUGGCCCAUGGGGACAGUUGUAGCCAAACUGCUCCUGCCUACCCUCAGCAGCCUGGCCUUCCUCCCCACAGUGAGCAUUGCUACCAAGCGGCGUUUUUACAUGGAGGCCAUGAUCUAUCUCUUCACCAUGUUCUUUGUGGCGUUCUCCCAUGCCUGCGACGGGCCUGGCUUGUCCGUGCUAUGCUUCAUGCGCCGUGAUAUUCUGGAGUACUUCAGCAUCUAUGGGACAGCCCUGAGCAUGUGGGUCUCCCUGAUGGCACUGGCCGACUUUGAUGAACCCCAGAGAUCAACCUUCACGAUGUUUGGUGUCCUUACCAUUGCCGUGCGGACUUACCAUGACCACUGGGGCUACGGGGUGUACUCUGGUCCCAUAGGCACCGCCACCCUCAUCAUUGCAGUAAAGUGGCUGAAGAAGAUGAAAGAGAAGAAGGGUCUGUACCCUGACAAGAGCAUCUACACCCAGCAGAUAGGUCCCGGCCUCUGCUUUGGGGCCCUGGCCCUGAUGCUUCGCUUCUUCUUUGAGGAAUGGGAUUACACCUACGUUCACAGCUUCUACCACUGCGCCCUGGCCAUGUCCUUCGUCCUGCUGCUGCCCAAGGUCAACAAGAAGGCUGGGAACGCAGGGGACCCCGCCAAGCUGACCUUCUCCACUCUCUGCUGCACUUGUGUCUGACAGUAGCCCCCCUGCUCCAGGCCCCUGCCUUCCUGUCUGGCAGCCCUGCUGUCUCUCCCGGGAUACUUCCUACACUUUCCCAGUGGAAUGUCCAUGAGGAAUGGCCUCCUCUGCACCCCGAGAGACCAGCAGGGCUGCUGCAGUCGGCGAAGUGCUGCUUAGGGACCCACGAAUUCUGUGUUCACCAGUUGCUUCACUCUAUUCAGGAAAAAAAAGAGAGAGAACUUUAUCCCCCAAGGCUGCAUAACCAUAGGUGUGCCUUGCAGAGCCCUAGGCCAGUCAGUAUUGGCCCCAAGUCACAACCCAGCAGUGUACACAACAGCAGCAUACGGGUUAUCUAUUUCCCAGGCCCUGCCUGCCAGGAUUGUCUGCCUUUCCUAGGAAACUGGGAUUGCCCUUUCUACCCCUGCCCAGGCCCUGAAAGCUCCCAGUUUCGGGAGCUGGACCCAGUGAGCCCAGUUCCAGUCUGGACCCAGGCUUGGUGCCCCUGCCUGAGUCCCAUCCCUUCAGCAGUUUUUCGGUCGAGCCACUCACAGUAAACUCUUGAUCAGUCACUA